AUGUUUGAAAUGGCGGCUAAAGAUAGUUGCGUCGGGCUGCCAACAAAGGAAAGCCGAAAAACAAAAGAGUUGAUUAUUAAUCAUGUGAAACGUUAUAGCAUGCAGGCGGCCUCUGCGCCUACACCGUUGAGAUUAUGCGGCGUCGUGGGUUACGAGGGGCGGUGUAAUGACAUCGUCUAUUGCCGCCCCACGAUGGAAAAUGUUUCCAGCACCGUAGUUUUCUUUGGUGGUGAUGUGCAAGACUUCAUUGAGAACAUGCAAACGCAUCGUGAUAGUAAAAACUAUGUGGAAUGGAAUUUAGAAGACACAGCGAAGAUAAUUCAAGCGAAAUUUCCUUCUGCGCAUGUUCUAGUCGUCAGGCCUGCAAGUGUUGAGUAUAAAACAUUCAGUUGUUUUAAGAAUUUCGUACCGUGUAAUAAUUGUGGUACUCCGGAGCACACGCCAAUGCACUUUGCUCUCCGCCAUUUGCAAAAGUUAUUGGAGAGUGUUGCACAGAUGACAACACAAUCCAAUGGUAAUUUCCUUGAUCAACAGAAGCUGAUUCUUGUUGGCUUUAGUAAGGGUUGUGUAGUUCUCAACCAGUGUCUCUACGAGUUUCAUUACUUGUCGACGCUCACGCCUGAUGAACGCGCUUCUUCGGAGAUUGUAACACGUAUCAGCGACAUGUAUUGGUUGGAUGGCGGACAUGCAGGUGGUAAAAACACAUGGAUUACCAGUAUCAACGUGCAUAUUCAUGUUACACCCUAUCAGAUCCAAGAUGGACGUCGUCCAUGGAUCCGCAAAGAGGAAAAACUCUUUGGUGACGUCCUCUCGAAACUUGGAGCGAACGUGCAGCGGCAGGUGCAUUUUGAGGACAUAAUUCCUUCUUUAAAUACGCACUUUGAAUUGAUUAAGGUGUUUUGUGCGGGACAGGAGAUAGAAAAUCGGUAA